UCAUCAAUCUGAUCUAUUCUAUAUCUUCUUCUCCAGCGCCACUCGGGUUUCCUUUUCUUCUUCCUUCCUUCCUUCCUUUUCUGCGUCUUCUAUAAAUACUCGUUAAUUUCUCGUCCCUUGGAAACUUUUAGAAUUUUGGCAUCGGGCCGCGCGUCCCUAUGGCUCGCCGGUCGGCGGAAUCAUCUCCGACGGAGGAGGAGGGGGAGGCCAUGGUUGCUGCCAAUGAUCAGGGGCAUCGUUCGACGCCGACGCCCUUCCUGACGAAGACGUACCAGCUCGUGGACGACCCGUCGAUCGACGACGUCAUCUCUUGGAACGAGGACGGGACUACCUUCAUCGUCUGGCGGCCGGCCGAAUUCGCCUGCGACGUCCUCCCCCAGUACUUCAAGCACAACAACUUCUCCAGUUUCGUCCGCCAGCUCAACACCUACGGAUUUCGGAAGAUCGUACCGGAUCGGUGGGAAUUCGCCAACGAGUUCUUCCGUCGCGGCGAGAAGCAGUUGCUCUGCGAAAUUCACCGCCGGAAAAUUACCCCUGCGCUGUCCUCAGCCGCGGCUCUGCCGGCCUCCUCGGCAAUACCCGUAGGGUCACCGAUUAAUUCCGGAGAUGAGCAGAUCAUCUCGACGACCCCUUUCUCUGGUGGCGUGCAACCGGCUGAGGGAAGCAGCAGCGCGGCUUCGGAGCUGGAGGGGGAGAACGACCGGCUUCGGCAGGAGAACAAGAGCCUCUGCCGGGAGCUGAGCCAGAUGAAGAACCUGUGCAACAGCAUCCUCAAUCUCAUGUCCAAGUACGCGCCCAGCUGCCGGCACAACGGCGGUGCGAAAAGAGGCGGCGGAACUGCCUCAGCGUCUCCUCCGCUGGACCUAGGUCUGGCAUCGCCGAUGGAAGAGGACGACAGUGAAGAAGCGGAGACGGCCGGGACGCCGACGCCGCCGCCGCCGCCGCCGCCCGCUCAGGCUUUGGAGAAAAAGAAGGAGAGGUAUUGUUCGACGAGCACGAGGCUCUUCGGCGUCUCGAUCGGGUUCAAGCGGAAUCGAGCAGAAGGCGCCGCGAGCUCGAGAUCGGCGCCGGAGGUGAAGCGAGAGCCGAUGGAUUUCGACGGAGGAGGAGAACAUUAACGUGAAACGACGGUUUGCCGUCCGUUUGUAACGGCGACGGCACGUGCUCGAGAGGUCUCGCUCACGUGCAUCAUAGAAGUCGUGGAGGUCCCUGAUAAAUUUAUAAUGUAAGAAUAUGAGGAGUCGAAAGCUCCUGUUUAUUCUCUUCUAUUCUAUUAAAAAAAAACGAUUAUGAAUAAUUAAGUGCGGUAUUACGUAAGCGGUUAGUCAACUUUCGCGUGUGAAAGCAGGAUUGCUGCCUCGCGUAGAAAGAGAGGCCAUGUCAUUGCGUUGGGUCUUAAUUUAUUGUUCUUUGAAAGAAGGAAAGCAGCUAAAAUUUGAAAUAAA